AAACCGCCGACGCGUCUCCAACCGACGCCGUGCGCUCAGUUCCGUGUUCCGCGCAUUCCGCUCUGCGCUUCACCUUUUAAUUACAGGGCCUCCCGCGGGACUCGGGAGCGGCUUUCCGUGACCUCAGGGUGCGCCCCGACCGGCUGCCACGCACAAGAGCCGCGCGACAAGCGAGCGCGCGUGCGUGCGCGCAUAGGUGGGAUCAGGAACAAUGGGUGUGUAGCGACGGAAGAGACACGCGCACAAAAAACACAACUUACCAAAAGAAGAAGCUCUCUCAGACGCUUCAUCGGAUCGUAACAUCAAUCAGGAUGUCCAAGCGAAUCAGGCCCGGUUAUUACCGCCAGGACGUCAACAAAACUUCAUGGGAAGUACCGGAGCGGUACCGGGAGCUGAAGCAGGUGGGGACCGGGGCGUACGGGACGGUGUGCUCUGCGGUGGACUCCAGAACGGGAACCAAAGUAGCGAUCAAGAAGCUGUACAGACCUUUCCAGUCGGAGCUGUUCGCCAAGCGGGCCUACAGGGAGCUGAGGCUUCUCAAACAUAUGAAACAUGAAAAUGUGAUCGGCCUCUUUGACGUCUUCACCGCUGACCUCUCUCUGGACAAGUUCCAUGAUUUUUACCUGGUGAUGCCGUUCAUGGGGACGGAUCUGGGGAGGCUGAUGAAGCUUCAGAGGCUGUCCGAAGAUAAAAUCCAGUAUCUGGUUUACCAGAUGCUGAAAGGGCUCAAGUAUAUUCAUUCAUCUGGUAUCAUUCACAGGGACCUCAAACCAGGAAAUCUCGCCAUCAACCAAGACUGUGAGCUCAAGAUCUUGGACUUUGGUUUGGCGCGGCAGGCAGACAGCGAGAUGACGGGGUACGUGGUGACUCGCUGGUACCGAGCCCCAGAGGUCAUCCUGAGCUGGAUGCACUACACGCAGACUGUGGACAUUUGGUCUGUGGGCUGUAUCAUGGCGGAGAUGGUGCAAGGAAGACCCCUUUUUAAAGGCAGCGACCACCUAAAUCAGCUGACGGAGAUCAUGAAGGUCACAGGAACCCCGACUCAGGAGUUUGCAGCAAAACUAGUAUCUGACGAUGCCAGAGGCUAUGUCAAGAGCCUCCCGAAAGUGGAGAAAAAAGACCUCCACAGUGUGUUUUCCACAACUAAUCCACAAGCCGUGGCCGUGCUGGAGCGCAUGUUGCUGCUGGAUCCGGAGAGCAGGGUGAGCGCUGAGGAGGCGCUCAUGCUGCCCUACUUCACUGAGUUCAGAGAACCGGAGGAGGAGACGGUACCGCAGCAGUACGACCACUCGUUAGACAACACGGACCAGUCCUUGGCCCAGUGGAAACGUCACACCUUCACAGAGAUCUUGACCUUCAAACCAGUGGUGCCAGACUCCAAGGAAACUGCGCUGUAAGACAGACUGUGUCCGUGGAGCAGCGGACCAGAACAAACUGUCAUGUCUUUUUCUAAAUCUUGACCUGGGAGAGAACUCUAUGCGCUCACAAUUCAAUUCUUCAAUCCAAUUGAUUUUAUUUCAUAUUGCCUAAAAUCACUCAUUUGCCUCAAGAGGGCUUUAAAGUCUGUACACAGAAAAAAAAAGGAACCUUCGGAAGACAGAGGAAGGAUUCCUCUCCCGGGAUUGAUGGACUGCAAAGGACGUCACGUGUACGGAAUGAACGACAUAAAAGAUGUGCAGUAUGUUCAAUUCAUACGACGGGUGAUUCAAAUAUUGAGAGUAGUAAGCCGAGUGCAAUGACAACCGCCAUCAAAUAUACAACCGCCAUCAGAUACAACCGCCAUCAGAUACAACCGCCAUCAGAUACAACCGCCAUCAGAUACAACCACCAUCAGAUACAACCACUAUCCACAGAAACCAAGCCGUCACGUCUUGGGUUCGACAUUCAAAAUCAUAUUGGUCCUGUAGCUUUCUUCCUGAGUUUAGCAUCAGACCGUCCCACCUUGUCCUGCAGUGUACUGAGGACAAUAGUUCAGUUGCUGUGAGUCAAGUAUUAAUAUUAAUCAAUAAGCAAAUAGGUAACCAAGGAAUUAGUGGGUAUAUUACUUGAGUCACUUGGUUCAGUUUCCCUUCAGUGGUACAUAUCUUUUUUCCUUGUCGUAUGUUGUUUUGUGAAGUAGCGUUCCCUUAUCUAAGUACCGGUCCUUGAAAAGGACAUUCAAUUUGCAUGAAUGGGACGUCCUUGUGUGUGUGUGUGUGUGUGUGUGAGGGGGGGGGCAGGGGUUACUUAUUUACAUGCCUGCUCUGACCUUAUUCAUCCUAGUGGCCUUAAGAUAACAACAAAAUGAAGAAACUGCCCAGCUGCUGAUUGUGUGAAAUCCAUGCCGGCAGGUUAUGAAACCAACAUUCACAUUAUAGUCACCUGCCAAAACCAGACGUACAACCGAUUACAUUGUUUUUUGAAACAAAGCAAGUGGCAGACAACACAUUGUCUAUGUUGUCCGUGGGUGUCGAUUUGUACGUUGAUUGGUGACUUGACGUAAACAACACUCAUGUGUUUUUAUCAUUAAAGAGUCUCCAAUUA